AUUUAUAGAAUCGACGAAGGCGAGGGUGGGAACGGAAAAGUUUAUUGUCAAAAAUAUUGACAACAUACUUACCAGAAAUACUAUUUGUACAUGGCAACAAUAUAUGGUCUCCCCGAAAUGCAGGGGGAGGCCCCUGGAACUACCCGGAUCUUGAAAGUGAGAGUUAUAGAAGGAAAAGACCUGGCUAAGAAGGAUAUAUUUGGUGCAAGUGAUCCAUAUGUGAGGAUAAAGCUUUUCAGAGGAGAUAGGGAAGAAGGAGUUAUAUCAAGUGUUCAAACAAGGACAAUUAAGAGGACUCUAAACCCCAAAUGGUAUGAGGACUUCCUUUUUAGGGUAAAUCCAAGAGACAACAAGCUACUAUUUGAAGUAUUUGAUGAAAACAGACUGACAAGAGAUGACUUCCUUGGUGUGGUUGAGAUCCCUCUUCAAAGUCUCCCUACGGUCGGACCAGGUCAGGAACUAUUGGAAAAGGGCUUCCUCCUGCGACCAAGAAGUCCCAGGUCGAGGGUACGUGGUAGUCUACGGAUGGCCAUAGGCUUUGUACAUGAGGAAAAUCUUCCAGAUCUGGAGGUCCAGCAAGAAGAUGAAGAGAUCAGCUUACAUCGUGAAUCCCCUCAAAACAUCGGCCUUACUCGGAGAGAUUGGGAGAUGGUAGAAGGGAAUGCAGAGAACGAUGCCUCAUCCAGAGAACAAGGUCAGAGCCGAUCCCAAGUUCCUAUCGUUCCUCAGGGAUGGGAGGAGAGAGUAGAUGCCAAUGGGAGAGUCUACUAUGUAGAUCAUAUCAACAGAAGAACACAGUGGGAGAUGCCUACAGCACCGAGUAGCAGCACCACCCCAACCAGAGCUGGUUCACAGAACGACCAAGCACGAGCUCAGUUCCUUGCGAGGAGAGUAAUCAGCAUUGAAGAUACCAUGGAAGGUGGUGGUGAUGACGAGACUGGAGCUGCUCCAACACAACAGGCACAACCAGUCAGUGCUCCUCAGGCAGUCCAAGUUGCUGAUGAUGAUCCUCUUGGACCGCUUCCAUCAGGAUGGCAGAUUCAGAAAGCCCCUAAUGGGAAGAAGUUCUACAUUGACCAUAACACAAGAACUACUUCAUGGGAGGAUCCUAGAAGGCAGAGGCAGCAAGAUGAACUAGGUCCACUACCGUCUGGUUGGGAGAUGCGUGUUUAUACUGAUGGACGAGUUUUCUUCGUUGAUCACACGACCCAUUCUACACAGUGGGAAGAUCCCAGAUUGCAGAAUCCAGCCAUUGCAGGACCAGCUGUGCCAUAUUCUAGAGACUACAAGAGGAAAUAUGACUUCCUAAAGAUGCAUCUGAAGAAACCGAACAACAUACCAAACAGAUUUGAGCUGAAAGUUCACAGGAAUAACCUAUUAGAGGACUCCUACCGUGGAAUCAGUAGUAUUAGGAAUGCAGACCUGCUCAAAGCUAGACUAUGGAUAGAAUUCACUGGAGAAACCGGUCUAGAUUAUGGUGGGGUAGCUAGGGAAUGGUUCUUUCUUCUUUCCAAAGAGAUGUUCAAUCCAUAUUAUGGGCUAUUUGAAUAUUCCGCCAUGGACAACUACACGCUGCAAAUCAACCCAGACUCUGGCAUCUGUAACGAGGAUCACAUAUCGUACUUCAAGUUUAUUGGUAGAGUAGCAGGAAUGGCCGUAUUCCAUGGGAAACUUCUAGAUGCAUUCUUCAUUAGACCUUUCUACAAGAUGAUGGCUGGCAAACCAAUUACAUUACAAGACAUGGAGUCGGUGGAUUCUGAAUAUCACAGCUCAUUACAGUGGAUUACAGACAAUGACCCAGUUGACCUUGAUCUCACCUUUGCUGUGGAUGAAGAAAGCUUAGGAACGACCAAAACAACAGAAUUGAAGAGGAAUGGUGCCAAUAUACCACUAACCAAUGAUAACAAGGGAGAGUACAUCCAACUUGUCAUUGAGUGGCGGUUUGUCAACAGGGUUAGAAAACAAAUGGAUGCCUUCAUGGAUGGCUUCACUAGUUUAGUGCCAAGAGAACUACUAUCAAUGUUUGAUGAAAAUGAGAUCGAGCUUCUGCUGAGUGGUCUAGGUGAUAUCAAUGUCAAUGACUGGAGAUCUAAUACAGCAUACAGAGGAAAUUACCAUGCCAACCACAUUGUCAUUCAAUGGUUCUGGAAGGCUGUACUUGCUAUGGGUGCUGAGAUGCGAGCCAGGUUACUUCAGUUUGUCACUGGUACAUCUCGUGUUCCAAUGAAUGGCUUUGCUCACCUCUAUGGUAGCAACGGACCACAGCUCUUUACUAUUGAGAAGUGGGGCAGUCCCAAUGCACUCCCCAGAGCUCAUACGUGUUUCAACCGUCUAGAUCUGCCAACCUAUGAAUCCUACCACGUCCUCCGCUCCAAGCUACGAACUGCUGUAGAAAAUACUCAAGGUUUCGAGGGUGUGGAUUAAAGCUGCAUGGAUGGGUUCACCCUUCCCAUUUUCUACGUUUGCAGUGACGUUAAAGUCAUUGAAUAUAUAAGUAUAUCUAUUAUAUUGUAUAAUUGUGAGUUUGAACUCCCUGCAUAAUUUCCUGUAUGUAACAUAGUCAUGGGAUGUGAUAAUGCAUUCACUAUAUAAAUGUACAUUUCUUUAGCUACUUUGUGUCUUUCAUAAAGCAAUGAUGAGACUGAGAUAUUUCACAUUAAUUUCUUCUGAUGUUAUAAGUUCUCAGAUGUAGCAUUUCUUCUUGCAAAUGAUUACAUAAUCCAAAUAUUGAACCAUUAUUCAGAAUAUGUUAAAAUAAAUUUUGAUCAAAUGAGAGUGGGAAUUUAUAUCCCAAUUGAGAACCAACACAAAUACUAGUAGACACUUGUAAUCAGCACCUUAGCAGCAAAUACAUCACAGUUUCUCAUCGUGACAUAGAUAGAUGUAUGCAUCACUUGCAUAUUGCCCAUUACAAUCCUGAACAUUCCACUUGCAUUGUUCUUAUGAAAGAAAAAUGGCUGCCAACUCAGCACGUGAGUAUUCUUUUAUGGAACAACAUCCUGCGAGGUGUUCUUUCAAGUCACCUGGGUUGAGUGUGGCGAAUACAGACUAAUGUCUUUCCAAAGGAAACAAAGGAUGUUUGUACAUGGGUGUAGAUAUAUGGGAGGUCUUAGAGUUCUGACUUGCUGGCUGGGAAAUUAUCAACUGACAAAUAUUUAUAUCAUAUUGGAUGGCUCAGAAUGGAAUACCAGAAAUAUUCCAAGAGUUUGGGCUAAUAUUCCAUGGAUUGCAGAUGAGUGGAAUAUUGGCCGUAAUGAGUGGAAUAUUUCUGGUAUUCCAUGAAAUAAAGCCAUCCAAUCUAAUUAUUAUCAUCUAUCCCACCGCCCCCCCCCCCCACAAAAAAAAGGAAGAAAAGAAGGAAAAUUUUUAUUGAACAAGCCAUUUCACUUACUACAUUCUAGCAUUAUCACUUUAAGAUUAUAUUUGGUCAUUGUGCUCUAUGCUGCGCAUUGCAUUGCUUUCAUUGUUGUACACAUUGUAUAUUUCACACAUUUGCGCAUGCGCACUAGACUGUUGAAUACAGUCUCAUUUUCAACAGCAAGAUUUUGCACAGGAGCCUAUGGGAUAUUCAGUCGGAUUUCGGUCCUUAUAGGGAUAUGCCCUGGUAUUGAACGGGCAAUUGAUGCAGACCAAAAUAUGCGUUUUUAAUGAAGAAAUACUUCCAGGCUGAAUUCAGAUGUGAUCCAGAAAAUAUUUUGAAAUUAAGAUAUCACCUGUCAGAGAUUUCAUGCUGUCAUGUUUUUAAGCAAACCUCUGAAAUGUUUGAAUAUCUCGGUACAAUUAAAUUACAUUAUUCAUCUAUCAAUUCAUAUUUCAGCAAGCAUUCAAUCAUGUUUUACAAUGAAUUCUGCCUUGGUCGAGUGAGAGUAUACUAAGGUACCUGGGGAUAUGAAAAAUAGGUCACAAUGAUUGAAAUUCCAAAUGAUGAGGUGUAUUUCACCAACCAUCAGUAGUUAUUUACUGAUAGAUUUGCAUCUUAUUAUCAUUUAACACUGGUAU